GUUUGAAAGGAAAAGCUGAAAAACACUCAAGAACCUCACAACUGAACAAAAAACAAGAAUGAUUUCGAUCCAGAGGUUUAGAGAUGUUGUCAACGAGCGGCUAACAGCUGCUGCUGAGGAAAUAUCUGACACUUUUGCAAGAGCUGUCGUCGAGCACGAGGCGGAGAUCGACCGUCAGCGCAGAAUGCUGGAUAUCGUUUUGAAACCUCACGUCCACUUACACAGAAUAGAUGCUCCGCGGCAACAUGUGUGUAAGGAGGAGGAGGUUGAACCUGAGCAGCAGCUCUGCCACCAGGAGAGGAAGUCCAGUCUGGACCUGGAGGAUCCAGAGCCUCCACAGAUUAAAGAAGAGCAGGAGGAAGAGCAGCUCAAACAGGAGGAGACUGACACGUUGAUGUUGACUCCUACUGAGGAGGAAGGUGAGCAGAGUGAAGCAGAUGGACCAAAUGAACACCAGCUCCUUUCUCACAACUCUCAUGUUGCCGAGAAUCAAGAUCCCAAAGAGAACAAGCAGAAAGACUCAGAGAUGACUGUAAAAUCAAAACCGAGACAACAGACAGAAAGAAAACACACAGGUGAGAGGGCAUACUCAUGUGAAGUAUGUGAAAAAAGCUUCAAAUAUAGCAGUUCAUUGAAACAACACAUGAUUAAACACACAGGUAAGGGUCGUCACUCCUGUGAAACCUGUGGAAAAGGAUUCUUUAAGAGGUCACAUUUGAAACAGCACAUGCGUACCCACACAGGUAUAAAGCCAUAUAACUGUGAUACCUGUGGGAAAUCAUUCACAACGAAAUUUGAUUUGGAUAGGCACAUAACUAUCCAUACAGGUGAAAAACCACAUACCUGCACAGAGUGCAACAAAUCUUUCCGACUAAAAUGUAAUUUGACAGUCCACAUGAGAGUACACACUGGUGAGAAGCCUUUCUCCUGCAGCACCUGUGGAAAAAGAUUCUCCUGGAGUUCACAGUAUGACGAACACAUUAGUACUCACACAGGUAAAAAACCAUAUAACUGUGGCACCUGUGGGACAUCAUUCUCACAAAAAGCGUAUUUGGACAAGCACUUAAAAAUCCAUACAGGUGAAAGACCAUAUGCCUGUACAAAGUGCAGUCAAUCUUUUAGACAGAAAGGUCAUUUGACAAUCCACAUGAGAAGACACACGGGACAGAUGCCUUUCUCCUGCAGCACCUGUGGAAAAAGAUUCUUUUGUAGGUCACAUAUGACACCACACCUUCUUACUCACUCAGAUUCAAAGCCAUACACCUGUGGUACCUGUGGGAGAUCAUUCACACAGAAAAGAUCUUUGGAGAAGCACGCAAAGAUUCAUACAGACAAUAAUGUGUAAACCUUGUAAACAUGUGGCAGGUCUCUCAGAAUUGUAUGGUUCAUGAGAGAAGAACUGACUCUGCUGAGAAGCUGUAGCUUUGAUAUCUGAGCUCUGCUAGAAAAGAUGCUUUGACUUCUCUACUUUCAUGACUAGUGUUAGGUCUUGUUACUGUUAAAGUGACUUGUUAUGUUCCCAAAUUAGUGCCAUUAAAAACAUUCCUGCAUUACACACUGAGAAAAGUAACACAUGGAGCCCAGUUGAGACCAAAGAUUUGUGACACAACCAGACAGAACAGCUCCAGUCAGACCCGGUGACGGUGUUGUCAGUUUCACCUUGUCUGGUUCUGCAUCUUUGGUUUGAUCUGGGAGUUAAUGUGCUCUUGCAUUGCUGAAGAUUUCAAUGUUUUUGUGACUUGCUACACUGUGCAUCCUCAUGCAGCUUCAUGUACAGCUUCAUUCUCUGCAGUUUAAUGACAAUAAUAACCUUUAAAGUUCUUCAUUUCAAUAAUAUGACAAAAAAACUUGGAUGAGAGGUAUACAGUAUUAAAUUACUGUAAUGAAAGCAAAAAAACAUGAGCUUUUUAAUUUUUGUUUCAUAUUGAUGUUUUUUUUGUCCUUUUUGUUUAGAAUUGAACAUUAACAUGUUUACACUGUAAAUGUUAAGUCUGAAAUCUCACUAGUUAAAUAAGCUGGCCGCACGAUCACGUUGACACAGCUGUAUGUUUCCCUUUGGCUGUGCUGACAAGUUGGAGAGAAUCAGAAACUGCACACGCUUAGAGGAUUUGCAUUUUUAAUGAAAAUGGAAAACAUGUCUUUUUACACUAUUGUAUUACUUUUAUUGAAAAUAGUUAAACAAAUGCUUGAAUUUCAG